AUGUAUUGGAAUGAACUUAAUCCACAGAAACGAAAUGUUUCAUUUAAAUUUGACAAUUCGGACUUGAAAAAACACAAAGAUCGAAUACUCGUACGAAUUAAAAGAAAAGUUUUUCACUUCAUUCAUUUGUUCUUUUCGUCUUCUAAUAUACACGGAUUUAAUCAUUUAACUGACGAAACGAGGCAUUUUACCGAAAAGUACGUGUAUAUAUUGCAUAUUAAUUAUGAAUGCAUAAAAAACAAAAGCAACCUGCACUACUUAACCGAGAUUUAUGAUACAUAUAUAUAUAUAAACAAAAUAAUCAUUUAAAAUCAAAAACAUUACAAUUAUUUGCAAAAUAUUAUGAUGGUUUACCUUUAUUCACAUGACAGGUUCGUUUGGGCGAUUGCAAUUGGUUUGAGUAUUUAUGGUUCUACUAUAUUGGGUUCGUCUACUUGGACUCGUUACCAAGAAAACCCAACCGUAAUAUCCAUGGACAGAGAAUAUAGGGAAUGGGCUACCGCAUUUCCCGCAGUCACUUUAUGUCCAACAUCUGAAGUUGACGUAGAAGAGUUUGAGAAACUAAUGAACAGCAGCAAGUAAGAUUGAUCGUGAAUAAUAUAAUGAAUACGUCGAAUAAUACAAAUACAAUUAAUACUUGAUUUUAAACAACAAACUUCAUAAACCGUAUAGUACUAGUAUACAGUUCAGUAAUAAAAGAUUUAAAUAUAUAUUUUUAACAGACGUUUAUAGACAUUCAUUAUACAUCCAUAAAUGUUCAUAAAAUAUAAAUUAUAAUUUAUACGAUAUGAGCAUUUUUAAACCGUAAUAUAAUCGACAAUAGAGAUAAUCUACCUAAUAUUGUAGCGGCAAAUGUAUUGAUUUUACUAUAUGUGUGAUUUUUAGAUUCGAAGCGGAGCGAAGGGUCUAUGGGUUUUACUAUGAGUUUUUCAAAUUUAUUUUUCUGUCUGUAUAAACUUUUUGAACAAUAAACUUGCUCUUAUCUAAAAUUGUUGAUAGUAGAGACCUUUUUUGAUAUAUUUUAAAUCUAUUUGCUGAGGAAAAAGGUCAUUUUUUUAUUUUUAAGUGGUUUUCAUAAUAAUUAAGAAUCUCCUCAUCUUCAAAAAACAAGGAAAAUGUACAGAAAUGAUGAUUUUAUUUUUUAAAAUUUUGUUUUUUGCUUUUAUUAAAUUAAAAAUAUUUUUAAAGAAUUUAAAUUUUGACAUAAAAUAUAUAUUUCUUUUUCUAGGCGUAGUGAAAUUUUAAAAACAUUUUGACAAUUAUUAAGUUAAUUAUAGGCAUUACAUUAUGUUUAUGAGUAUUUUACGUAGUUUUUAUUUAAUAUGUACCGUACCGGGUAAUCCAUUUAUACUCAUUAUCUCGGAAAUUAUUAAAUAUUUUCGGAAUUUGUUUUUUAGAACAUUUAAGAGACAAGCAGUUCUACAGUUUUAUAUUUAGUUUAUUUUUUUUGAUUCUUAUUUUUGGGAGUAAAACCACUACCUACUUUUAAUUUUCAAUCGGCAACCUAUAUUGAAAGUUCCAUAAAAAGAUAAAGUAUUAGUUAAAAUAUCAACAGGAAGUAGUGGUCCCAAGCGGUAUCCUAUUCAAGAAUUAACUACGCCCGACGUUACUUAACUUCAGUGGUCGGAUAAGAACACCACUACUGCGGGUGCAUAUGACGCGGUAAUAUUGGAAAAAACCUGUACAGCUGUUAAGUUAUUUAAACAUCCACUCUUUCUUAUGUCAAUUAUAAUUAUGAUUGUUGUGAUUAUUUCAUUGAAACUAUGGCCCACAAAAUAUACAGGGGGUUUUCAAAACAUUUUUGUGUUAAUAUUUAGUAGGUACUUUAUUUCAUUGUAUUUAUAUAGUUUUUAAUUACAUUUCAAGACGUCAUAUAGGUAUAACUAGACUUAGCUCAGAAUCGUACUUCGUUAGUAAUGGUUUACAGAUACAAAUUCAAUAAUUUGUAUCCCACCUUCCUAAAUUUGUACACACAACAAUGCUACCCAUCAGCAGUACCAGCUCUUUUUCUUUUUAUUUUUAUCAAUUUGCUAGAAGGGAAAAAGCUUAAAAGCAGGCUUGGGUGGGACACAAUUAGUGGCACCGAAUCAUUUUUGAAAUGGUCUGGUCCAAUGGCGUAUUUAAGAGGGAAGAUCAGGGAGAUAAAUCUCUCCCCAUGACCUUUUUUUUGGUAGCUAUUAUUUAUACGUAUACCUACUUUUUAAAUUUGAAUUUCUUUACUUUUUUUAAAAAAAAAUCAAAAAUUUGUUGACACCAUAUCAAUAAAAAAAUUAAAAAAAUUGAACAGCAGAUAUGUUUCCUUGUUAAAAACGAAACCUGUCCGAACUACUUUGGCAUAAAGGAGAUUUUUCUUCUCGUUAUUCUUUGAAUAGUAUAAAUUAACUAAAUAGUAAUAAUAAUUAAUAUACAAUUGUCGUGAUUAUUGAUUAAUCGAAUUAUAAAUUGCUUAUUAAAAAAUAAAUAGAUUUAAAAUUGGAUCCUUUUUUUUUGUUUUAAGUCUAGGCACAUAUUAUACAAUAUUUGAAAAUUUGAUUUCUCCCUCUUUAACAAAAUCCUAAAUAUGCCACUGGUCUGGACAAUAGUUAUAGUAGGCCUAACUACCACCCACCUAUCAAGGUAUCAGCAGGUUAAAUAUGAGAUCACCCUUUCCCCUAUACUCCUUCUCUCCCUUUAAACAUUUGUUACCGUUCAUCAAAAAUCUAGCUAUUGAAAAUGGUGUUUUAAUUAUCUCAUUUCUAUUGCAUAUUUUAGCACAUAUUUAUCAAUUUUCGUAUGCUAUAAAAUCAAAUCCCUAACUCAUGAAAAUCAUGGUUUUACACUAUUUUAUACUAAAAACUCAAAAUUAUGACUAAUAUAACUAUGUUAAAUAUAUAUUAUUGUUAUAAUUCGUUUGUCAAAGGUCAAACAAAUUCAAAAUAUUAUUAAAAUUGUCGUUUUUAAAUAAUAUGUAUACAUCACAGAGACAUUCUAUCCAUUAACAACCCCCACCACCACUACUACACCAAAAAUAUGGUCUGGAUCCCUUGUUUGACGCCACUGGGCCCAAUAAAACUACUAUACACGAGCUCCAUAAUCUGUUAUUGUGGUACUGUACCUAACUAUGAUGUCUUUCGUAUAAAAUAAUAAUUAUUAUUAUUUCGAACUCACAAAAAAAUGUAAUACGUUCAGGUUUGUAAUAUAUAUUUUAUUCUAUAGAUUUAUAAAUUUUAAUGAAGAUGACAGAGAGAGUUUUCGAAAUUUUAUGAAUUUAUUAUCAAACGCUAGUUACGAAACAUUUAAAGACGUUCCUGAAGAUAAUCGAAUACAACCGGAAGAUUACUUGGACUAUGUAAAACUACUGAGCACAAAUAUAUCAUACAUAAUCAGUAACAGUCACGUGAAUAUGUUUCCGUCGUUCAGUUUACUACAAACUAUAACCGAAUUGGGUAUAUGUUAUUCUUACAACGGAGAAAUUACACCUUAUAACGAUUACGAGUUCGUUAUUUACAUAGCUUAUCGUAUUAAAACAAAUUUAGAUAACUGUUUUUUUACAGAUAUUGGAUUACACGCAACAAAAGUAAAAUACCAAGCAAAGGUAUUAUGUCGGGUAGCCCGCUGGACGGCGACAUUUUCGUUCAAAUCACGUCUAUGAAUUUUGGAUACAUGGUAAAUUAUUAUUUGCCAUAAUAAUUUCGGAAUACUAAUAUUAUUCAUCAUAAAACUGAAAUCAAAUAAUCAAUUAAUUAUAUUCCUAUCAGGGAUUUUUGCAUUCAUCCUACGAAGUACCUGAUAUAGCAUGUCGUAUACACUCUUCCCCGGAAAAUUUCUACAAAACAUUAGAUGUAACCGCAUUAAGUAUAUAUAGUACACCGGAAGUAAAAGAUCUUACACCCAAGCAAAGAGGCUGUAGGUUUUUGAAUGAAAGCAAUUUAGAGAUAAGUCCAGCAGUUUAUACGUAUAAUAUGUGUCGAAUUCAGUGUCGAAUGAAACAAGCGAAUAAACUCUGCGGAUGUGUCCCGUUCUAUUAUAAACCACUCGGUAAGAGAUUUUCUUUAUUUUUUUAAUGUAAGUACCUAUAAUAUAUAAUAUAUCCAGGGGGUCUAGGGGCCCAGCCCUCCCUCAGACAUAUUAUUUUUCCGAUUUUUGUAUGAGAAUUAUAUGAGAAAAUAUUAUACAUGAGUUAUAUUAUAUUUGAAUUGUAUUUGUUGUAAACAAAUUGUUGAGCCCACCCCAGAUCUUCGUUGUGGAUAUGUGCCUGCCCUAAAGUGCCUCCCAGUUAAAUUUUCUUUCAGAACAUUGCUAUCAUUAAAAGUUGGAUCAAAAUUACUGGUAGAAAAUUUGUCCAAAAAAAAAUAAAAUUAUAAUAUUAUACAAAUAUAUUUUGUACAUUUUCCCGUUUAUUUUUUUCGGUUUUUCGCAUUUGAUCAGAAAACUGUUUUGAGAAAAUCGAAAAAUGAAGUUACCUCCCUACACCGAUUUCCUUUAAGAAAAGUUUCUAUACUUAAAAAUCGGAGCAAUUCCUUUGGUUCACAGGAAAAAAAUAAAUAAACAUCUUUGUAAAAACAUAAGCUUCUUCGCUACAUUCAGUAUCUAAAACACAGACAUACUUCGCACGAUAGGUGCAACCACUGCUAUUGUUGAGAAGUUAGGAAGGUAGGAUAUAGUGGGGAAAUUAAUUUGUAUCUGUAAGAAACGAUAAACCAUUGCUUAAUAAAAACGAUUCUGAGCGGAGUUAAGUUGAUAGUGAUGCUUUGACAAUAAUAUAUAUGUCUUCCGCUCAACGGAAGUUGUUGAGUAGGCUAAUUAGGUUCUGGUUGUUCAUGUUGCCACCAUUGUAGUCUAGUUUUUUAUGGGGAUUCGUGCAGUUCUUUUGUUGUACGUAUGAAACUUCUCCGGCAUUUAAGUCUUGUUCUCGUGAUUUCAUGUUUGAACAUAGGGUGUCUUUCAUCUUUUAUCUGUUUGGUUUUUCGAUGUCAGUGGUUACGUGUCUUCUGAUUUCGAGUGGAUCUGUUAUUUUUAUUAUAUCUGUUAGUAGGAAUAACUUGUAUGUAUGCGUUGGCCUAAGACAUCCCGUUAUUUUCAUGUAAAUAUCGUUUAGAAAUACGGAUAUAUGUUUGGCGUAUUUAGAUUGGCUCCACACUGAACAUGCAUAUUCUCCGGUUGAAAAACAUAGGGUCACUUAUAGACAUGGAAUGUCGCCAUGUUCUUCACUGGAUCCUUGCGAAUUUUCUAAACAGGUCGUUCCUUGCUUAUACUUUUAUUUUAGUUUUGAAACAAUGCACCUUAAAUAUUAGUCCUAUCUAGAGUGACGCUUAGACAGAACCAUGUUAAAUCAUUUGGCGCUCAUAAACAUACAUUUUUAAGUAACCCUCUCUUAAGGCCUUACCUGGGAUAAUUUGAAGGAUUAAUCCUUCCCAAAUUUCUUGUUUUUUACAUUUUCAUUAAGUUGAUAUUAAAAUUUGGUACAGCUACGACCUUGAUCAUAGCCUCCUCUGUCAUACUUAUCAAUUAUAAAAUAUUAACCAAACUUAUAUGCAAAUUUAAAUGUUUAGAAUCACUUAGAACAUGAUUUUUAAAGUGUGAUAGUUAAAAAUAAUAAUAGACCAACUGCUGAAACGGUACGCAUACGAAGCGUAGAUAAAAAUGUAUCUCAAGUUAUGAGAAAAUUAAUUUAUACUAUAAUAUAAUUAUAUAAUGUUAAGAUAAGCAAAUAAAACUAUAAUAAGUACAUUUAAGUGGGUACGUAAAACUAUACAUUUACUUUCAGAUAAAUACAAAAUAUGUGAUGUCAAAGGCAUGCAUUGUUUGGACCAAUACAAAGGUAAAAUUAUCUAAAUUGUAUUAUUAUAACUAAUUAGGAUUAUAUAUUUAUUAUUAUAGAUGAUAAUAUAUUUCAGAAUUCCUUGUAAACCUCAGAAACGCGUCAGGAGUUAAAGUCAACUGUGGUUGUCUUCCACCUUGUGAUGAUGUUAAUUAUAUCGUAGAAGCGGAUAAUACAAUACAAUGGUAAUAAACGAUUUUAAACUCGUUUACAAGUAACUUAUACUAUUAUUAUAUAAUUUACCAUACGUGCUAUUUUACCAAGAGGUUAGGUUAUUCUAAUUCCCUAGUGAAUAUUUACUCCCCCUCCUUCCUUCGUAUGAUUUCUCCAGUGAAUGUUUAAGAGAUAUACAGGAUGAUUCACUAAGCGUGCUCAUCCCAUUUUUUUGGUUAAAAUUUGCAUAUAUUCUAAUUCUGAUUUUUGGAAUUUUUAUGUGUAGUUAAAGUCGAUAUUUAUAUAUAUUACCUACAUUUCUUAUAUAAAAUGUAAGAAAUGUAGGUAUUAAUUAAAAUAUAUUACGGCUGUCUUUCAUUCUGUACACAACUUUUCUACCAGCAAUUUUGCUCCAAUUUAAAAUUAUAGCAAUUUUUUGAUUUUCCUAAGAGUUUUCCCAGCAAAUGUGAAAAAUCGGGUUAGAACAUGGGAAAACCAGGAAAAACGAUACUACGUUAAACAAAUAUUAUUAAAGAAAAUAUAUUAAGCCUAUUUAAUUAUUUUACUAUAAAAUGAUAUAUACAUUAGAAAAGAACUCAACAGGAAAAAGACCCACUGGAAAACCGAGAAUGAGGUGAGAAGAUGUAGUGAAGAAUGAUGUGGAAUAGCUAGGAGGAACAGAUUGGAAGGUGCGAACAACUGAUCGUGAUGGUGGAAGGCGAGAUGUAUGAUGGGAUGGUAGAGGCCGAUAAUAACCUAAAAAAUAAUAAUAAUAAUAAUAAUUUAUGUAUUGUUGACAAAGCAUCACUUUAAACUAAACUCUGUUCAGAAUCGUUUUUCCGUAAGCAAUGGUUUAUCGUUGCUUACAGGUAUACAUUAAAUUAUCUAUAACAGUGGCUGCACCCGUCCUCAUUAUCCUACAUCUUUUUCAAUAUAUUUUUUUGAAACAAUAAAAUUUAACACUGUAAGUUGCAACAACGAUCUAUAACGGUCAUUAGUUAUUAAAAAAAUAGCGAUCAUCUCCGUAACUAAUUAUGCUUACUAUUUUUUAGGUUCCUUGGAACCAAUUUAAAGUGGGGACUAAUCAAAUAUCCUCGAAUGCGUUUGAAAAGAAACGUUUUAUUUGGGUUUACUGACGUUUUAGGUAAAAUAUCAUUUGGUAAAUGUUACUUUAAAUGAUUAUAAUAUAAAUAAGAAAUAAGUGAUUUUUGUUCAUGUUUUAUAGUUUCAAUUGGAGGCACUGCAGGUCUUUUUCUAGGCUGUUCUGUUUUAAGUUUCUUGGAG